AAUAAACGGAUGCAGGGCAAGGGUUUCCUUGAACCAGAUGUUUUCUUCGUCAGAGCCCAGACUAGAAGCAAGUUUAGCUGUUUGCCAGUAGUUUAUGCCAGAAGCUUGCCGGAACUGCAUCUUGAUAUUCUGUCAACAUCAAUGGGGUUGUGGCCGUGACACGCAUCAAUGUGAACUCGCGACUGCACUCGCUGUCUCCUACUCAAGUGGAGAGCUUUUGUGACCCGGUGAUGAAGAUGCCGUCUUUCUUACUCCGCAUUUCUCACGGUGCUCGUCCCAGCCGGCAGCCGUGUUGCUUCUUAGCCUCCUUACCCCAGAAACAACCAUCGCCAUUUCGCCAUUGCUCAACGUCGGAAAAUCUGUUCAACACCUGUGUUAUCAACGCUUGGUUGAGUGUUUAUAGACCAGACACUUUUAUCGGUGUGCUCCGCGGUCACCCCACUUCAAUUAGCAAACGUAAUCUGCACAGCAAACCUUGGACAUGUCUUGCUACGCAGCAGCAGCAGCGUGCUUCACGCUACCCGAGCUCCGGAGCAGUGCCGGAGUCCCAAGCACUCAUGGGAAUGCCCGUGCUCUACCGUUUACGCAACCGUGCAAUGCAAAAGCUUUUAGUAAGUUUUCGCAGCACGGUUCCAGAUAGAGCAUGGCGCGGGUGCCGGGUGAGCUGUUCUCUUGCUACAAAUAGUAUGCCAACCCUCUCUUGUGCUCCCAAAACCAGACAGAGUCCACUGCAAAGAAGCCAUGAAGCCCUGCGCGGUGCUGUUCCUCGUAGCCAUGCUCGCCGCGUCCGGUGCGGUGGUGCGCGGGGCGUCCAUGGCAGCGCGCUCGGAGUGCGACCCAUGGGCGCUGCGGCCGUGCGCCCCGGUGAUCCUCUGGAGCGCGCCCCCGUCCAGCGCGUGCUGCGCCAGGCUCCGGGAGCAGAGGCGGUGCCUGUGCACGUACGCCAGGGACCCCUACCUGGGCAAAUACAUCAACUCCCAGACCAGCAAGGAGGUCGCGGCUGCGUGUCGCGUGCGGGUUCCUAUGUGCUAGGCUAGCUAGGAAUACACGCGCGGCGU